AUGUCUAUGACGAUGAUCUGGAGCACUGUGUUAUUGUACAGGCAUGGUAAGAGGAGAGGAGAUCUGAUCAUGUUCCCCCGGAUCCUUCUUCUGGCCGGCUUCCUGCUCUGCUCUGCUCAUGCCUCCUCAGGUCCUCCCAACAUCAUCCUGAUAUUUGCUGAUGACAUGGGCUAUGGAGAUCUGGGGGUCUAUGGGCACCCCACCUCUCACACCCCUAAUCUGGACUCAAUGGCCAGCCGAGGACUGCGCUUUACAAACUUCUAUACCACCGGAGCUGUGUGCUCGCCUUCCAGAGCCAGCCUCCUGACAGGUCGCUUCCAGACUCGUUCUGGUGUGUACCCUGGUGUGUUCUACCCCAGCUCACUUGGAGGUUUGCCUCUCAGUGAGGUCACCAUUGCUGAGUUAUUACAGUCCCGUGGUUAUGUCACAGCCAUGGCAGGUAAAUGGCACUUGGGCCUCGGGCUGAAUGGGACUUUCCUGCCCACUCGACAAGGGUUUCAGCACUUCUUGGGAGUUCCCUAUUCCCACGAUCAGGGCCCUUGUCAGACCUUAAUAUGCUUCCCUCCAGACACACGUUGUUAUGGGACAUGUGAUUUGGGUGAAGCUCUGCUGCCGGUGUUUAUUGAUGAGAAGAUCCUGCAGCAACCCGUGAAUUUUACUGAACUCGUCCCUCUCUACGAGCAGUUCAGCAAAUCAUUUAUUCAGAAAGCGGUUGAACAGAAUAAACCAUUCUUCCUCUACUAUGCUGCACAUCACACUCAUUAUCCGCAGUUUGCAAGUGCUCGGUAUACAGGGAAAUCUAUAAGAGGAAAGUAUGGAGACGCAUUACUGGAAUUUGAUGGAACAGUAGGAGAUUUUCUAAAUACUGUGUGGGAUUUGGGAAUUCAAAACAACACACUUUUCAUCUUUACUUCUGACAAUGGGCCUGAAACAAUGCGCAAGGAGAGAGGUGGUACCUCUGGACUCUUGAAAUGUGGCAAAAGUACAACUUACGAGGGAGGUCUAAGAGAACCUGCAAUAAUGUUCUGGGAGGGAAAAAUAAAACCAGGAGUUACCUCUGAGCUGGCCAGCACACUGGAUAUUUUGCCUACAGUAGCAGCUUUGGCAGGAGCCGGACUUCCCAACGUCACAUUGGAUGGAUAUGAUCUGAGUAACCUGCUUUUUAAAAAUGAGAAAAGUCCAAGGAACACCUUUUAUUACUACCCACCUAGUAUCGAUUCAAAGCGUGGCAUUCAUGCUCUGAGAAUGGGAAAAUACAAGGCCCACUUCUAUACGCAGGGCGCAUUUCAUAGUGAGACAACUCCAGAUCCAGACUGCCAUAUAACAGCACUGUUGACUGAACAUAACCCACCUCUCCUUUUUGAUCUUGAUAAGGAUCCUGCAGAGAACUACAACUUGUUAAAGCCUUUCAUCCCCAAAGACCUGGAACCUAUCUUGACUGAAAUCCUGAAUGAGCGUGACAGGUUCCAUACGAAUAUGAAUUAUGCACCAAGUGAGCCCAACAAAGGCACGGAUCCUUCGCUAAAGCCAUGCUGUAACCCAGAAUGUACUCCUAAGCCAAGCUGCUGCCACUGUUAG